UUAUUUUAUAUACAGUCUAUGGUUGUUAAUUAUUCAUCAUUUUAUAUACAGUCUAUGUUUCUUUAAUACCUUUUAAAAUGUGUCAGUUUGGUUGUAAGGCCGAAGUGCAAAACAGGCUUCCUGUUUGCCGUAGUUUGAGUCGUCUACGUUGGCAACAUGGCGUCCUCAGAUGUCCACGUCCGAAUAUGUGAACAAGAAAUACUCAAAUAUGACUUGGAAAUCAAAGCUCUUAUCCAGUGAGCUCCACUGGUGGUUCAUCCUGGGAGAACAGCUCAGAACGCGUACCGUCCAGCAGUGUUUCUUUGCAGUCACAAAGGAGAACAACAUGUUGAUACCAGUAACUUCACCUACCAAUGAUAUAGAAGGCAUGUGCCUAUCUCGUCCUUGUUUUUGAUGUCUCACCAGGAUAUUAAUGAGUGCACAGGCCCUCAAAGCAAGCUGACAGAACUGAACGCAGAUGUGAAAAAGAGUUUCCACAAUCUCAGAUUGCGGAUUCAGGAUUUAGAGCAGAUGGCUAUGGAGCAGGACAAAGAGUCAGAUAAGCAAGCUUUGGUCAGUCAGGUAGAAGGACACAGAAAACAAAUGCUGAGUAACCAGACAGUUUGGAGGAAAGCCAACCUGGCCAGCAAACUGUCCAUAGACAAUAUGGAGAAGCAGGCACUUCUUAAUGUAGCAGACAGUGCUGUGAGGCAGAGGAAGAUGACCAAAGAGGGUCUGGCUCAGACAACCAGUGACAUUACAGAGAAUCUUAUGAGCAUCAGCCGGAUGAUGGCGCAGCAGGUUAAGCAGAGCGAGGACACCAUGACGUCACUGGCAACCUCCUCAAGGACAAUCCAAGAGACCAACGACGAAUUUAAGACCAUGACGGGGACCAUCCAGCUCGGGAGGAAACUCAUCACCAAGUACAACCGCAGAGAGCUCACAGAUAAACUGCUCAUCUUCCUGGCUCUCGCCCUCUUCCUCGCCACAGUUCUCUACAUCCUUAAGAAGAGACUGUUCCCCUUCCUGUAGACCAGGUACCUUUUUUGAGGAGCUCUUGAAUUACCACAUACAGAACUUUCCAUGGUCAGCGCAAAUGAUUUAAACAACUCUGAAUGCUGCGUGUCAUAUUACACACACACACACACACACAUUACACAUGAGUGUCUGCUCCGUGGAAUGUGGACUGUUCACUCUGCUGAACUGUGACGCUGCUGAGGGUGAAAUAUUGUCUACAAAGACGAAGAUUAACCUACACACCUAUAGUUCCAUGCAGUGUUAUUGAAUCUUUAGUUAGUGUGACAGUAAUGCUGUGUAAUGCUUUUAAUGAAAUCAGUUGUGAGACGAGAUGGACGACCCAUAUUAAUCUUUUGUACAUUCCUAUGGAAGAUAUCCAGUAUGGUUUUUGUUUAUAUAUAUAUAUAUAUUAUGCACACGCAGAUUCUUAAAGUACAGAAAGUAAUUCUCAGACACCUAAAAUAUUAGCUGUCGGGUUGCUUCAGCUGUGAGUGCAGAUCAUAUGCUGACUUCAGUAAAACUCCUGUUUAUGUAUGACACACAAUGGCUUCUUGAGAUUAAAAAAAAUGUCUAAGGAAAAUAAUGUAAACAGAAUUUCAGUAUAAUCUGAUGAAACAAGUGCCACUUUUCAUAUCAGUUCAACAAGCUUUUAUUGGCAUGCAUGUCAUUAAAACAAUAUUAUAGUAGUAUACAAUACUAUUAAUUACUAUUAUUCAGUAGUAGUAUUAAAUAACGCAUAUUUUGGGAACAACACUAGGACUUAACAAACAAACAUGUCUGUGUAACAGAAAGGGGACUUCUUCAUAUAUUCCUCACUAACUGCAGUUUUAACCGUUUUCAGCACUUGAUAUCACAAAGUUGCUAUGGAAAUGACGUACAAGCAUUUUGUGUAAUUGUUAUUUAAAACGAUGUACUGUAUAAUUACUGUAGGGUAUAAUUUAUUACAGCAUUGUAAUGACUUGAUGCUAUUUUUUGGGAGUAGAAUAUUGAAAUGGCUUUUAACUUGGAUACGACUGAAACCCAACUGCAGUCUCUCAGUUUGUGUUUCACUAGCUGGGUAAUCAGAGCAGUGCUUGUACUUGUAUAUGUGCACUUCAGAUUGUCCCUAUGUUCAGUUAGCAUGUAAACCAGGGGAAAAAAAAAAAACUUUUUUCAAAGAAAAAAUGUGCACACUUCCCUCCAUCUCUGCCCGUGUUAGCUUGGCUCAGGUCUGCAGCGGAGCAGAAAAGCUCUGUGGCAGAGAUCGCACUGGCAGAGAUAGAGCAGCAUGCAUCCCUGCCUUUCUUCAGAUAAGACCCGGAAAAGCAGAUUAUUCCGACCCGUUUCCCUCUCCCUUUCCAGUGUGGGUGGAGGGUGAGAGGGGAUAUUUUUAGGUUUGUGUGGUGCCGUUAUCUGACGUUGCCUUUUCAACACCUCGGAGGAGAGGGUGGCCAGAGGAGCUACAUGACCUUGCUACCCUUUCUGCAAUUGCCUGGCGUUGUCAUUUUGUUUAAUAUAUGUAAAUGUUGUCGGUACUGAUUAUCAAUAAAUACAAAGUCUUCUGGCUUGAUGUUUGACAUG